AUGCUGAAGAUGAUGUGCCCAAUUCUUUCUUCUAAUUCACAUUGCACCGCAAAAGGUAUGCUAUUUCCUCACUCUACUUGCCUUGUUGCUUUGCUUCAUUCUCAGUCCUCAAACCCUAUCAAAUCCCACCUGCCCUCUAAGCCUAAAGUUGAGGAUGCGUUGAAGAUGUUCGACGAAAUGCUUCACUCGCGUCCUCUCCCUUCUGUUAUCCCUUUCAAUCGGAUCUUGACCCAACUUGUCAAACUUAAACAAUUUCCAGCAGUCCUCUCUUUGAAUUCACAAAUGGGUCUCCGUGGAAUUGUUCCUGAUAGUUAUACUCUUAACAUUGUCAUCAAUUGCUACUCUCGUUUGAACCGAAUGGGGUAUGCCUUGUCUGUCUUGGGCCACUGCUUCAAAUUGGGUCUUCAACCAACUGUUGCAACCUUCAACACUCGAGUGGCUGAUGCAGAAAGAGUUUUCAACAAAAUGGUGGAGGGAGGUCAUUGCCAGCCGGAUGUAUUUACUUUCAGCACAUUAAUAAAGGGCUUUUGCAUGAUUGGAAACAACACUGGGGCUAUUCAAUUACUUCGGAAUAUGGAAGAAAAUGGAUGCGAGCCUAACAUAGUGUCCUAUACCACUAUCAUCGACAGCCUGGGCAAAUAUGCACUUUUUGACCAAGCAAAGAACCUCUUCUCAGAGAUGAUUGGUAGAGGUAUUGCUCCCAGCCUUAUUACGUACAACUGUUUGAUUCAAGGAGCUUGCAAUAAAGGCCACUGGAAAGAAGUUUGGAGGUUGUUGAAUGAAAUGAUUCAAAGAGGAAUUGAACCUAACACGAUUACAUACAAUUCCCUUAUGGAUGGCCACUGUUUGCAAGGAGAAAUGGACAAGGCUAAACAAGUUUUUGAUCUAAUGCUUAGCAAGGGAAUCUCUGUUGACAUUCAUAGUUGUAACACUUUGAUUAACGGAUAUUGCAAGAGUAAAAAGAUUGAUAAGGCUUACAAGAUUUUCAAGGAAAUGCCUCUCAGGGGACUUGUUCCUGACACUAUUACUUAUAACACUCUUGUUGAUGGUUUUUGUAAAGCGGGGAGACUACAAGAAGCAGAGAAGUUGUUAUGCGAGAUGGAAGCUUCCGGCCAACUUCCAAAUGUUCAAACUUACACAGUUAUACUUGAUGCACUAUGUAGCAACCAACAACUUUCUAAGGCAAACGAAUUGUUGAGAGAGAUGAAGGACAAGAAUUUGGAACUGGAUAUUGUAAUUUACAAUAUCUUCAUUGAAGCUUUAUUUAAAGCUGGGGAAAUUGAAUCUGCAAUGAAGGUCUUCUCUGGUUUGUCAUCAAAAGUUGUUCAGCCUGAUGUGGUGACAUACAAUACAACGAUCAAGGGACUUUGUAUCGGUGGCCUCUUAGAUGAAGCAGAAAAAUUGUUUAGAGAAAUGGGAGAGAGAGGCUGUUCUGCUGAUGGCGUCACCUAUAACACAUUUAUCCGAGGGUUGUUAAAUAACAAUGAGAUAUCGAGGGCUACGACACUUAUUCAAGAAAUGGGUGAGAGGGGUUUCUCUGGAGAUGCAUCAACUAUGAAAUUGAUUGUUGAUUUGCUGUUGAAGGAUACAAUAGAUCCUGUAUUAUUAGCAUGGUUUAAAGAUAGAGUAUGA